AACUAAUUUCCUCGAUCAUCUAUCGUCAUAAUGUUUAGUGCAUCCUCAAUCUGAGAGUCUAAAAAAAAUGUACCUUUGGUCUAAGCAAAAAUCGCAGUGGCAGUUUUCACGUAGCUUUCAUUGUCAAAAUGUUUAUUUAAUCAUCCAUCCAAAUUCGUUGUGUAACACAAGACUCUCACGAUGGCUUCCCAACGGUGCCCUAGUCCACGUGGUCCUCGACGCACCUGGGGUGCCAGACACUCACAACCGGCCCCUAGUCCACUUCCCAGUUGGUGCGCCACUCCCGACCCCGUCGUACCUUUUUCACCUCCUCGUAGAGAACCUGGUGCACUUCCCAGUUGGUGCGCCACUGCUGACCCCGUCGUACCUUUCUUACCUCCUCGUAGAGAACCUGGUGCACUUCCCAGUUGGUGCCGCAACCCCCCUCCCUUUGAACCCUUCUCUCCUCCUCCCUUCCGACCCCCCCAACGCCAUGGUUCAUCUCCCGAUUUGUGCGAGAGCCCCGACGAAUACCAUUCCUCCUCCCCUUCUUCCAGCGGAUCCCCCCAUUCCUCGUUGUCACCUCACAGUCCGUGCGCCAGCCCCGAUAGCUAUCAAUCCUCUCCUUCUCCCCGCCAGUCCCCUGAUUGGUCACCCCAAGUGGCUCACUCCGCUACUUGGUCACCCCAAGCGGCUCACUGCUCUGAUUGGUCACCCCAAGUGGUUCACUCCCCUGAUUGUUCACCCCAAGCGUCUCACUCCUCUGAUUGGUCACCCCAAGUGAUUCACUCCCCUGAUUGUUCACCCCAAGCGUCUCACUCCCCUGAUUGGUCACCCCAAAUGGCUCACCCCUCUCAUUGGUCACCCGAAGAGCCUUGCUCCCCUGAAGACUCGGACGAGUCAUGGGUUUCACAUCCCAGUUGGUGCGCCAGCAGUGACGAGCUCGAAUCCUUCGCCCCUUUGGCCAAGGGCGAAGUUCGUAAGCGCGGAAAAAGAGACACUCACAUACCCUACAGGGACAUCGACGGCCACGCCACCGUGGCAGAUUUUCGCCACCUAGGGCACCUCCCCGAAAGCUUCAGCCCGAAGGGCCCAAGUCUUCGCAACACCUUACCCUUCACAGCGGCCCAGGCACGACGCCAAUGGUUGCCUGAACACUUGGGGAACUUGGCCCUUCCUGCGUCGCCGUGUUCAGGCUCGGAGAGCCCUGGCUCGACGCCGCAGAAACUUCCCGCAUAUUCGCUGAGCUCUUCCGACUAUUCCGGGAGCCCUUGCUCGCCGGCGGGGAGCCCUGCCGCAUAUUCGCGGAGCCCUUCCGCAUAUUCCGGCAGCCCUUCCGCAUAUUCCGGCAGCCCUUCCGCAUAUUCCGGCAGCCCUUCCGCAUAUUCCGGCAGCCCUUCCUCAUAUUCCGGGAGUCCUUGCUCGCCGUCGGGGAGCCCUUCUCCACAUUCGAGGAGCCUUUCCCCAUAUUCAAGGAGCCCUUCCCCACAUUCGAGGAGCUCUUCCCCACGUUCGAGGAGCCCUUCCCCACGUUCGAGGAGCCCUUCCCCAUAUUCGAGGAGCCCUUCCCCACAUUCGAGGAGCUCUUCCGCACCUUCAGGGAGCCCUGGCUCAUUGACGUCCCCCAGGAGCAGGAUCACGUUGAGUAUCACGCCUGGGUAUCCCGAGACCACGGUGAACAUCUCGUCGGACGACUCCUACCAGUCGGCGGACGAACAUUGGGAGUCACCUAGUUUCGCCGUCCAGCGGGCGGCGCACUCGACGCCUGCUGCCUGGUGCCGGGCUAGUCCGAUCAGCGAAUCUUCGAUGUAUGACAGCGCGAGAAGCGAUACGCAGCACUCUUCGUAUUUUUCGGGAAUCGAGUCCGAAGAUGAACGUCUUGUGGACUACGAGGACGCCAGGUGCUCGGUGGCUCCGGACCGGUCGCAGGAGGCUUCGUUUCGGCUGAACAGGCCGUCGAGGUUCCACACGCCACCUCCUAAUCUGGGAAGCUCAUCGAUGCAAACGUCGCAGGUUCUGACGACGGCGAAGGCGCCAUCGAAGAGUGCGUGUGGGCGGAGUGUGAAGUUGGCAGUGCAUGCGGGGAACAAGUCUAGAUGAAAGUUUGACUCAUGGUUAUGAGGGGAUGCGUGGUGGUUGGAGAGACCAUCGUCGACAACACUGAAUUAUAGCUGAAUUUUAUAUGAAAUAAAGAACCGAGUUUUGUA